AUGGUCAUCGGCAAACACCGAUGUUUGAUUUGGUCAUCAUCAACAGUCCACGUCUCUUUUGUUCAACAACAUCCAUCGUGUUUCCCCAGUGAUGAUGACAAUCCAGUGUCAUCUGACGACGACGAUGCACGGCGACGUCGUAUAAUCAAAGUGCCACGUCGCCAACGUCGAUGUGGCAACCAAACAGUGAAUGAUGAAUACAUCAGGACAAAUACUGAUGUAUUCAUUGUUUGUCGUCAUUCAUUGACAACAGCAUGUGCUGACAGCCCACCACACCCACCAGCAUCUACAAAUGGCGACAACAGCAAUGAGGACGACACAAUAUGGUGA